GUGUCGAGCUACCAAAUUUAUAAAUUUUGUGAUCGCAACUUUUACAAUGAUGUUUUUGUUCGCGGGUGUCUUUUAAACAAUUAUAUGUAGUGUUUUGUCUCGCUCUCGGUUUGUGUAUCGGGAUAGUGAGCAGUGAUACCUGUGCCAAGUGUCUCCGUGUGUCAAGGGACUGCGGAUAUGUGUGCAAGAGUUCUGGAGCGACAGAGUCACAGCGAGGCUCAAGGUUAUGUUUACUGGUAGAUGGCGCCGGUUGAGCCAGUUGGGGCUUCGGCACAGAGUGUGCCGUUACAAUACAUUACAGUGGUACCUAAUCGCCCGACAAUGAUGCAGCUAUUAACGAUUCACGUUCGGUACGCAGAUAGUGGUUUUGCUGCCGUUCACGUCUUGUGUGAAGAACGCACCAUAGAAAUGUAUACGAACGUGUGGGAAAAAAUAUUCGAAUUGGCUCCGAAUCUGCAAGUCAAUUUAGAGACGAUCAUUUCUGAUUUUGAGCAGGCUCUGUUAACAUCGAUUCAGAGAUGUUUACCCACAACAAAUAUACGAGGCUGCUGGUUCCACUUCACCCAGGCUGUUUAUCGAAAAUGGCGGCAGCUCCGACCGGUAAUCACGGUCCCCGAGGGAAUUUUAUGGAUGGCGAUGAGUCUUCCAUUGAUUCUCACAGAAAGAUUCAAUGAAGGACUCAAUAUAAUCGAGCAAGCAGCAAAUCAAAUUGCGUACGAAUAUCCGUUUGUAGACCGUUUUGUACGUUAUUUGCAGCACCAGUGGGCCCCCCGAGCUCAUAUUUUGAAUGUCGCGGACAGCCCAAUCCGCACGAAUAAUAUUGCCGAAAAUUAUAACCGCCACGUUACUGCACGCUUAGGGGGUCCACAUGGCCAAGUGUGGAAAUUUUGCGAUAAUCUCCGCAAGUUCAUUGAGACGAAUGACAAAGAUUUAGAUAGGAGAAGAAACGGUUUAAAUCCCCGGCGACGAGAACGAAACGUUCAACAUCUAGAAGAUGCACGCAUUCUAGCUGCGCAAGAGAAGCUCGCUUCUGGAAGAUACAGCAUGAAUGAUUUCAUAAUGACAGCAGUGGAACACCGACGGCGCGGUUUUAUCCGCAAUAAUAACUAGCAUCUAAGAUUGCACGGAGACCCUGAUCCGGAACCGGUCAACGAAGAUAUCGCAGGUCAAGUCGAGGUUGAAGUCCCGUUGGAAAUAUAUCAACAGCCCAGAGACGAAGCGGUUCAUGAUCAGCCACGAGGUGAAGUUAUUCAGGAACAACCGAGAGAGGAAGUGAUUGAAGAGGAAGAGAGGAGUGAGAGGAAUUUAGAGCAACCACACUAUGAGGAGCCACCGGUUUACGAAGAGAUUGGAAUACAUGCACGGCAACACGUGGCAGGCCCAUCUCACGACGAAACUAUAACAUUUGCACUUUCAUCUUGCCGUGCAUGUAUGGUAGCUCCUCCAGUGAUGGCGUUCAUCCCAUGCGGGCAUCUCGCAUUCUGCGAAAGAUGCUAUGACGCAAUGGUACGAAUAAAUCAGCAAAAUGAAAUGAGCUUUAUUAACAUUUUAAUUAUUAACGUAGAGGAGUACGCUCGGCCCGCACAAACAUGCCCGGUUUGCCGUAGCCCCUACACGACUGCAUUAAAAAUUUAUUAUUAAUAGACAGGAGCAUCUUGUCUGGUAGACCUUUGGCCUCGUUAAAGAUCAUGAGGUCAAAAAUAAAAAACGGGGAAAGACAGGUAAUAGAACAAAAAAUAAGGGAUUCCAUAUAUGUUUAAGUAUGCGAAGUUUGGUUAAAAAGGGAUAAUGGAAUUAUUAAAUGACAAAUAAUCGUUGGCUGUGAGCAACGACUGAAUAUUUUGCAAAUUUGCCCUCAUAGGUAAUCCGUAAGAAGAUGAAAACUAGUCAGUCCCACAGAGUGUGAUAUGAAAGGGAAUAGAAUUUAAAAAAAAAUAAGAGUCUAAACCAACAAAUUUUAAUCCCUCAUGGCUGUGUUGUUGUCCUUAGUUUGAAAUGAUAUUCAUUUUAUAAAAUGAAAUGUUUAAUGUCAUAAUGAAUUACAAAAAUGUGAGUUGAACAAUGUUGACUGAAAAACAAAUUAAUCUAUUUUAACGAAAGCGCCGAAACAGAAGAAGAGCCUUUUAUUGUCGAAGGAUAUGCAUGUCAUGAAAUCACUACCGUGUGAAAAAACCCUUAAACGGAUCGAAAAACAUUGUUUACAUUUACAUAAUAAUUAAUAGUUAAUUAACAUAAGUUUAUAGGACAGAAGCAAGAAAGCAACGUUGGACGAGAAAACGAAAAAUUGUUAUGGACGAAAAGAUUCAUGACGCGAUACGCUAACGGUAUUGAUGGAAAAUGUUCUUGUUAUUAAGGGGAAAUGUUCGACCUCAUAAAAAAAUUGUUGACUUUUAUACGGAGAUAUUUACGAACAAUGUUAUUUAUUUGUAAAAAGUUUUCACAAACAUCAUUGAUUAAAAAAUGUAGGCAAAAAAACGUGUAUGACAAUGAACGAGAGAAAUGGAGUAUAUUGGAAUGAAAAAAUCUCUAUAUCACUUAGAAAAAAAAUAUGGGAACGGGGAAAAAAUCGCUGAGCGCACCCCGAGGAUAUGUCAACGGGAAAAGUUGUAUUUGAUAUAAAAUAAACGUUCGAACCAAAGAUUUAUGAAAAUCGGUAAACAAGAGAAAUCGAAUCAAGAGACUCGGUAGAGUCUCGGGACAAGUACAUUGACAGCCCUGUCGUCUGCUGGCCCGAGGCUCUCGCCGAGACUAUAUCAAGAGACU